AUUCUCUCUAAAGCUACAAUCAUACGUGUAGAAACCGACGUCAAAUAGGAAUGUUAGCUGAUGUUAGCCAUUGUUUUGACAUUGAUCACUGACGUAUACCUCAUCAAAACCAACAAAAUUGGGGUUUCUUAUGAUUUUUUAAUGAAUAUUCGGGAUCGCCUGGAUUUAGCUCAUGAAAAUGUGGCCUACGGAGCAGAUAAAACUUGGAGCAGGCAGUCCAACAGCAUGCAAACUUCCAAUAUGGAUCUCUUUCUGAAGAAGAGUCACAUACAGAUACCAAAGCCCGUAGAAUUGAGGCCAAGAACUGUGAGAGACUGCAUUCCUGACAGUAAGUUAGCUCAAUAUUCUAAUUAUGAGUAUAGUAACUCGAGGGAGUUGUCUUAUACCAGUGAAGACUUCAGAAAACUGCCAGACACAUCUUAUGAUUUCAAAGAUGAAUUCGACAAGGAACCUUGGAUGAUGGAUGAAGUGGAUGAGUAUUUCAAAUACUUCAUGGAGAAUCAGAAACAAUCACUAGUGAAUAAGGAAAUAUUUAGUUCUUGCGCCCAAUUCCAAUCACCAUUCAUGAACUGCAAUUCACUACCAGAAUAUUUCCUAAAACUUCAAGUGACAAAAGAUCAGGUAAAGAAAUUAUGGGAUGCAGAGAAUGUACAAACGAAUAGUUACAUGUUUCGUAGUCUUCAAUCGGUAAAAGGAGAAAAAUCAUUGAUUGUUUAUAAAUCCCCUGCUGGACAAAUAUUUGUGUCUGAAUAUGAUGGCAUCACGAGAGAACUCACAGAAGAUUAUUGCGAAUGGGACAAACAUUUCACGGAUCCCGACGAUAGCAUCGAUUCUUUGAAUAUACUUUCACACUCCUUCAAGCAAACAAAUAAGAAAAGCUCUGACGAGAUUGAUGGCUCUUUGAAUGCACAGACUGACUCUAGCGGAAGUCGAAGACUUUAUUCGGCAGUUUUGCAGGGCUAUACUCCCAAGAAUCUCUCAACUGAAUCUGAUGAAGGUAAAAUGACGAUUUUGAGAAGAAACGUCAGUAAAUCGGAAAGAAGCGUGAUGGAAAAACUUGGUAACGUUGGUGAUUAUCAAAAACAAAUUGAACACAUUCUAGAAGAAGACGAUGCAGAACUACCGAAAUCAUCACUGUUCUCUAACGCGAUACCAAAACUCUUCACAACUAGAUCAAUCAAGAGCUCUAGGAGUGUCCAGACAGUACAAGCAACUAGUGAUGUUGGCAUCAACAGUAACAUUCCGACAUUGAAUCUGGAUUCCCAAUAUAGAAGUACCUUCCAGAAUAGAAUAACACAUACCAGUUUUUCAAAAGCUGUGCCUCCCGUUAUACACCCACAAUCGAUUACACCUAAAAUCAAUAGGCAAAACUAUUCCACAAGUAACUAUCAAUAUCCACCUCUUUGCAUGCUUCUGCAGAAUAGCCUCCAACAAUUAUAUACUCCAGUGGUGCAUCAAAGAACCAUACCAACAUUGUUCAACAAAAGCAUUCCACACAGGUCAUUCCAAAUGCCAAUGAGUACCCAAUAUAACAACCCAAGUUCCACUGGUUUCGUUCCCCGCGGCCAAAUGUCUCAAAGAUUCGACAAUUCGACCUUUAGAAUAAGAAGGAAGGAAUCGAAAAGUAAGAUGAAAGUUGAGAGUUUCGAGAAGAGGAAGGCUAGCCGCAAAGGAGGUUGCUCAGUGAGCAAUAUCCGAAAAAUAAAUGGAGCUCGUUCUUUUUCGAGCUUAGCGUCCCAAUCAGACCACAAAUCGACGACAGAACAAGACAAAUAUAUGGACGAAUUGGUAUCUAGAACAGUGGAUUUGGUCCUGAACGAGACUGAUGUGCUGCCGAUUUCACGAAGGCAGUCAGAUGAGCUGGAAAGAGAGGCCUUGGAGCAAUACAUCAAUUCUUGCGAAGAGGAUUUUCAAGAGCUGGAAAGGCAAGCUGCUGAAGAGUACGAGAACUGUUCGGAAAACUGCAAAAGCCCCCCGAAUCUUGAAGCGUCGUUCGGGGGGUUUCUUACAACCUACAAAUUUUGUUUCAUUUUUUAACUGAUAGGGUUCACUGAAUUAUUAGAAAGUACAAAACAUUUUUGUGUAAUUAAAAAAAACUGAGAAUAUUUUAUGUUGAAUGCAACAUUUUGUUAUCCAAAUGAAAUGGCUAAAAACAUUAAUUAUCUCAUUAUUGAAAAAGUAACUGCGUUCUUUUCCAGGAUUUCCA